GAGUGAACUGGUAGAAAUCCAUCGGAUGGCGCUCUUGAUGCCUUUAGCUUGCGCACUGGGAGCUGUCCACGGUUCUGAAACUACAGCGGAGCGGUUUAAGCUUUCAGACGCUCCCUCUGAAGCAGCUGAACUGCAUUCAUGUUCAUAUUUAGCCACAGGGACAACAAUAUCCUCAAAGAAGGUGAAAAAAUGUUGUUUCACAUCAGAGAAAACGCCAGUCGUGCUGCUGAAUUGAUCCAGUGCCGUCGCUCGCUGCGCAGGGAGUUCUGACGCGUUCAUUCCCCUCACGAGCGUCACCGAUACUUCACUAAAAUAUACGGAGAUGGACCUUCGCUGGAUUACUUCUGACGCUAUUUGGAAACUAUUAUGAAUGGUAGUUUAAUGUCACCAACUGAAUGACCUGCUGAUUCCUUCGCUCGGCAAUCUUCGGAUGCUUUUCCUCGAGCAACUUCAUCAAAGAGCUUUCAGUCAGAAUUAAGGCUGAUGCUCUAAACUCGCAUGUUAAGAAACACAACAGGAGGAAAAUAACUCAAAUAAAUUAUGCAUUACGCAGUUCGUAUGUUGUUAAACAAUCGGCGUGAAAAAUGAUUUCUGUAAAUAGCGAGUGUAUAACUAUGACGAGAAGAUGCCUGCUGACGUUCAAGCCGUUCAGGAUAUUUGUGGCGGGGAUCGGUUUCUUCAGUCUGUGCUUCUUAAUGACCUCUCUGGGGGGGCAGUUCUCGGCCAAGCGACUGGCAGAUUCCCCUUUCAGCAUCCGAACCGAAGUGUUGGGUGGUCUCGAGUCUCGUGGGGUCCUGAGGAAGAUCAGUGAUAUGCUGGAGAUAAUCAUGAAGAGGAUCGACACCCUAUCAAAACUGAGCAACAGCAGCGAGUCCCACAGACUGGAGGAGUUGAGCUCUGCUCUCCACAGUUUCCAGCCCGUAGGUCUGGUGGAGCGAAUCCAGGCCAUUGCCCAGAAUGUGUCCGACAUGGCUAUACGAAUGGAGCAGAUUUUGAAGAAGACUAACAUCCCCACCAGAGGCCGAGAUGGAGUUACAGGCCAGUGCGAAGUCCCGAAGGAUCCCAGGUACCCGGAUUGCGCUAGUAAAGUGGAUUGGAUGAGAGGCAGGUGGACAUCGGACCCUUGCUACGCAUUUUAUGGAGUAGACGGCUCUGAAUGCUCUUUCCUCAUCUACCUCAGUGAAGUGGAGUGGUUCUGCCCCCCGCUGGCCUGGAGGAAUCAAAGCAGCCACCCCACGACCAGCAGCCUGCCAAAAAGACAGGCUUUUUUCCGCUCCGAUCUGUCUCUACUGUUGGAGCACGUUGGCUCGGGCAAAGAGUCUCUGAGCUUCAUGAGGAGGCGUAUGCGAAGAUUGGCUGCACAGUGGGCUGCAGCUGCACGCAGACUUGACAAGCGCCUGCGUGGUCACUACAGAGAGCAGAAGAGGAUCCUGGUGCAUGUGGGCUUUCUGACAGAGGAAUCUGGUGAUGUGUUCAGUCCUAAAGUGUUGAAGGGUGGCCCGCUCGGAGAGAUGGUCCAAUGGGCAGACAUCCUCACCACCCUUCAUGUGCUGGGUCAUAACCUCAAGAUAUCACUCUCAGUCAAUGAACUGCAAGGGUCACUUGGUGUUCCUCCAGGAAGAGGAAGCUGUCCUCUGAUUGGCCCGUUACCCUUUGACCUUAUCUAUACAGACUACCACGGCCUGCAGCAGAUGAAACAGCACAUGGGCCUUUCCUUUAGACAGCACAGGUGUCACAUCCGUGUGAUCGACACCUUUGGGACGGAGCCAGCGUACAAUAAUGAGGAGUACGCCACACUGAACGGCUACAGGACCAACUGGGGCUACUGGAACCUCAACUGCAAACAAUACAUGACCAUGUUCCCACACACUCCUGAUAACUCUUUCAUGGGUUUUGUGACCGAGGAACUAAACCAGACUGAAAGAUUGGUGAUACAGAGGGACAAAGUCAACAACAUGGCUGUGGUUUACGGCAAAGAGGCCAGUAUGUGGAAGGGUAAGGAGAAGCUGCUGAGCAUCUUACACCGUUACAUGGACAUCCAUGGGACAGUGUACUAUGAAGCCCAGCGGCCCCCUGAGGUGCCCGCGUUCAUCAGGAACCAUGGCUUACUGCCCCAACAGGAACUACAGCAGCUUCUGAGGAAGGCUAAGCUCUUCUUGGGGUUUGGCUUUCCCUAUGAAGGUCCGGCCCCUUUAGAGGCAAUAGCCAAUGGCUGUGUGUUCCUGCAGCCAAAGUUCAGCCCCCCUCGCAGCUCCCUCAACCAUGAGUUCUUCAGAGGCAAGCCCACAUCCAGAGAGGUGUCAUCUCAGCACCCGUACACUGAACAGUACAUUGGCAAACCCCACGUCAUAACAGUAGACUUCAACAACUCUCAAGAAUUCGAAACAGCUGUUCAAGAUAUUCUCAAAGACAAGGUGGAGGCAUUUAUCCCGUCUGAGUACACUUGUGAAGGCAUGCUGGAGCGAGUGAACGCUUACAUUCAACAUCAGGACUUCUGUCGCAGCAUCAGUCCAUUCCCUACAGCCAAUGAUUCCCGAUCAUGGCUUGGGAAUCCACCCAGUCCUUUCCUGCAGCUGCCCAACUCCACAGCUUUAAUCUGGGCUCCCAACAUCACUGCUCCGGCCUGCUGGCCGCCCCUCAGCGCCCUCCGGCUCUUCCUGUCUCCAGAGGACUCAUCCUGUGUGAAAACCUGCCAGGAUGCCGGUCUAAUCUGCGAGCCAGCUUUCUUUCCUUUCAUCAACAAUAUGGAGGCCUUCAAUGGGGUUAACGCCCAGUGUGAGUCUUUAGAAGCGGAGAAGAACCAUGUGUUUCCAGCCGUACAUGUGGACAGGAGAGAGUGUUUCCAGCAAAAGGAGCCGCUGCUGUUCAGUUGCGCCGGAGUCAGUGCCAAACACCAGCGUCUUUGCCCGUGCAGAGACUACAUUCACGGCCAGGUGGCGCUGUGCAGGGACUGUCUUUGAGCCUUCACCACAGACCUCUGGGGAUGUCUAUGGUAAACCGAGGCCAGUCCUAGACAGCCAAACAUGUCCCCAGAACGCCGUUAUCAAAGCGUUCAAGGGAAUCGUUGGACUGAGGUCAUUGAUGUCAAGCUUGAAGAUGCCUCCAGAGAAGUGUCCUCACUCUCGGUUACUUUGAUCCAAAGCAGAACUUUGCCUCCAGGUCAGCUAGUGAUGGUAAGCAAGAUGUGUUGAGGUUCACCAUCUAAUGGAGUCUAUCUAAAAGAGCUCAGCUGCUGUUGGUUUCAAGUUUGGACGACGUGAGCAGAAAAUAAAUGCAAAAUACAGUUUUGAGUUCGGAGCUCCUUUGUGAUGCAGGUCAGAUUCUAGAAGCUGGAGCUUUGGGAAUGCUAGAAGUGCCAGAACUGUACAUGAAUUUUAAAGUCAACAUGAAAGAUUGCAGAGAGCUGCAGGAUGAUGUAUUUUUGUAGGCCAAAACCCAGAAACAAAAUGCAUCUAACUGGAUUAAAAAAAAAAAAAAAAAAAAAAAAGAUUUUUA